AUGACGUCUACAAAUCUCGCACCUGAGCAGGUGCAUGCCUUGUUUGAUAUCCUCACACACCACGAAACAUACGCAGAAAUACAGAGCUUCAAGUAUCCGGAUGCAGUCACGGGCUAUGGCUAUCCUUUCUCAAGAGCAACGGUUGAACCUCAAACUACGCAAAGCGCACCCGCAAGCACAGGAUGGAGAAGCUGGGCGGGAACACCUGUGAGCUCAAGACCAGGAACGCCAAAGCAAGGAGCCGCAAAAGACGUCAAGGAAACUCCUAGCGAUGAUGACGAUAAGAAACCUUCUUCAUCACCUAUUCUUCAUACCAUGUUAACGCGGUUCAUUCUAAAACUUCCGGGUGUGCGAGAUCUACCACGCGAGUUUUGGUCUAUUAGAGUACAAGGCUUGUUGACCAGACUCGGAGAGGCAGAACUUUCAGAGAGCUAUGAUAAGGGUGCUUUGGGGACGAGAAAGGUGCUUGCGACUGGGUCGAGUGGACUUCUUGAGAUGGUUGGCCGAGGAGUUCUUGGCGGUGUCAAGAAAACAAAUCGACCCGAAAAGCCUUCAGAUAACAAGGUUGAGUACGAUCGGACCAAGGCCGCAGACCUGGUAAAGGCGUGGGAUGAUGUUGUUGAGGGCUUGGUAUAUGGAGGUUUGGCAGAUGAGAUGUUUGAUCAUUUCAGCAAAACUUCAGAUCUCGAGAGUCAUUCGCCAGUCAUUGGAGCAGCAGCUGAAUACGCCAUCAUCCACCUCGCUACCUUUAUCCACCAUAUUUUUGUCCUCUCUCCAGAAGGCCAAUAUCUCCUCAAACUACUCGAAAACGUUCACAACCUCAUCCCCUACAAAAUGGUCAAGCAGACGUUACGGAUGGGCAAUGCUGCUAGUAUGAUUAGCGCCAUGAUACGCCUACUCCUUGCAAAGUUGAGCGUUACGAGCGUCACCAACUGGAUCGGCUUGACCGCCAAUGCCGAUGAUGGCAUGAACCUCUUGCAGCGGAUCAUCUCAUUAGUUUUGUCGUGGGAUGCUGGAGAGUUUCGGAAGAGCGCAGACAAGGUUGAGAGAGCUAAGGAUCGACCGAGUGACGAAAUGCUCGAGGCUAUUCGUCAGUAUAUCGCUAUGAGUCGCGAUGAGCAUAAGACGGUUCGUAAUGCCAGCGAGCAACAUGCUCAGUCAAUUAUCACUGCCAUUUUCAACGGGUCCAAUCCUACGUUAGCAACUCAGCUUGAUGAUCAGAAGCACGCGCAGUGUCUAGAGUAUUAUUCUGCUCUUCUCUCCGUGCGCGAUCGUGAAAGCAUCACAACAGCCUUCUGUCGCCAGCCUCCCGAUCUCUUUACCGCGACUAUCAAGGAUCUAUUUGCCGCCUAUGAACCUAUGAUCCGUAUGGUACACUCCCAGAUAGAUUUGCGGGAGCAUGUCGAAGCGGGCCAAUUGUUCAUCGACGAGUUUAUCAAGGCUGGUAAGCCGAAGAAGGACGGUAGCAUGCCAACCGUGGACGAUUACGUUGGUCUUUUCAUGAGAAACCGAGAGCUCAUGUAUAGAUGGGUUCACGCGUUUGCAGCAUCAUGUCCUGAUGUUUGGGAAGAGAUGAAGAAAUGGACCAACGAUGCCGUACUAAAGUUUCGCCAGGAAAGAAAGCCUGUGCAAAAGACGAGCAAUGCCGAAGCUGGAGAGCAGGCGACUAAUGGUACUAUUGAUGUGAGUACCAUGGAAGAUCAACUGAAUAAGUUAUUCCAGUCGGUUCCUGAGAAGUCUCAAAAGGACGUUCUCGUUUCAUUGGAUAACCACGCAGCAUACCUUGCUCAAGUCGAGGCCCUUUCUCUCUGUCGCCUACAGCGCAUCAUCGACUCUGAUGAUUCAGAAUCAGGCAACAUGUCAGGCCCAGGCAUGUAUCUCUCUCGAUGGCAGAGCCUACUAGAAGACACAGCUAUAACACCAGAAAAACCAAAGGGGCCCGUCAGACAUGGAAAAGAUGUCAAGAAUGCUCUUACUAUGGGUAAGAUUGGAGUUGAAGGCACGGAAAAGGCGAGAGAAGAAGCCCUUCAAGCAGCGAUCGAGGAAGCUGAGGAGGGACCUGAAGCUCCCGAUGUAAAUGUGGUGAUAAAAGAGCUGGCAGGUGGAUUUAAGAAGCUGCUACAAGAGAGCUCUGGAAAGGAUAUGAAGUAA